AUGAGGUAUGAUAUUGAUGAGAAUAGUGCUAGGGCGUAUUCUGUAUAUGACGCACGGACACAUCAGCCUAACUCUGUGACAAGGCGAGGGCUACUGCAUCAUGAGCAGGUGCAGCUAAAGAAGCGAGCUCUAAAUGUGAUCAGAAUAAGCCAGCUCAGUAUCGGGUCUAUGACAGGAAGAGAAAGAGAUUUGGCGAAGUUGAUGAGGAUUAAGAGAGUGGAUGUUUUGUGGGUGCAGGAAACUCGAUGGAAGGGUAAUAAAGCCAAAGAGUUGAGAGGGGGGGGGGGGGCGGUUAGCUACAAGGUAAUCUGUAGUGGAGCCAAUGAGCAGGGUAGGAAUGGUGUUGGUGUAGUGCUGUCAGGGGAAAUGAAGAAUGCAGUGAUAGAAGUGAGAAGAAAGAAUGACCGCGUUAAGAGAGUGAAGAUAUGUUAUGGAGGGGAAACAAUGAACAUCAUUAGUGCUUAUGCUCCACAAGAGGCCUGCACAGAGGAAGAAAAGAGCUGUGUUUGGAACGAAAUGAAUGAGGUAACACAAGAACUGGAAGAGCAAGAGAUGAUUGUAGUGGGGGCAGAUUUUAAUGGACAUGUCGGAAAUGAAAAUUAUGUAAUUGAACUUGUGCGUGAAGGACAUGGGAUCGAGGAGAGAAACCCAGAAGGAGAGGGUAUAGUACACUUUGCCAUGUUUUUGAUUUGA